AUGGGAAACCAAAAGCUGAAGUGGACAGCGGAGGAGGAGGAGACGUUGCUCGCCGGAGUUAGGAAGCACGGCCCAGGAAAGUGGAAGAAUAUUCUCCGCGACCCUGAUUUCGCUGAACAGCUCCAGAAUCGUUCCAAUAUCGACCUCAAGGAUAAAUGGCGUAACUUAAGUGUUGCCCCUGGCAUUCAAGGCUCAAAGGAUAAGAUACGGACACCAAAAAUCAAAGCUGCUGCUUUUGAAAUGGCUAACGCUGCAGCUAAUCUCGUUACUCCAACUCAUAGUGCUAACUGUUCUCCAGUUGCUCCGCUUGCUCGUAGUGGAUCUGAUUUGAGUAUCGAUGAUAGUUGUAACAUUGUGUUUGAUUCAAAGAAUGCUCCCAGGUAUGAUGGGAUGAUAUUUGAAGCUCUUUCAGCCUUGCCGGAUGCUGAGGGAUCUGAUGUCACUGCAAUUUAUAACUUCAUUGAGCAACAAAGACAUGAAGUGCCAAUAAAUUUUAGAAGGGUCCUUAGUUCAAGAUUGAGGAGGCUUGCUGCUCAGAAAAAACUUGUAAAGACGCAGAACUUCUAUAAGAUGAAUGAUUAUAGCUUGGUAGCAAGAACGCUUGUGGCAAGACCAAAAGAUAUCAAUGUGAAACCCCGGCAGACAAACAUUCAAAAACCCNACUCUUCCACAUCCUUGUCUGAGAUUAUCGAUGGAGAGGACAGGUUAUCUGGAGGCAGUCUCACUGAAUACCAGAAUCAAAAUCUUGAAGCAGAGGUGAGAAGGUUGAGACACGAACUGCAACAGUUUAAUGCUUCCAUGGGGAGAGAAAGUGCCCCUCAUCUUCAAGGGCCUAGAGCUGCUUCUGAGGCUGAGGAAGCAAAGGCAAGAGAGAUGCUUAGGGCAUUGGCUGAGAUGGAUAAGCAGAAAUCACAGAGUGCGAUCCAAGCAGGCGAAAUGAAACAACGCCUUGCGGAAAUGGAGAUCCAGAAGAGAAGACUUGUGGAGAUGCAGGCCAGGUUCAAUGAACAGAAGAUGGCCAAUAACGUAUCCUAUCGACGAUACAGCAUCAGAGACGUCGAAGGUGCAACCGACGGUUUCUCAGAUGCCCUCAAGAUUGGGGAAGGAGGUUAUGGACCUGUGUAUAGAGCCGUUCUUGAUAACACUGCUGUUGCCAUCAAAAUCUUGAAGUCAGAUGUCUCGCAAGGCCUCAAACAGUUCCAACAAGAGAUUGAGGUUCUAAGUUGCAUGAGACACCCUAACAUGGUGAUCCUCCUCGGUGCUUGUCCCGAGUAUGGAUGCCUUGUGUAUGAGUACAUGGAAAACGGAACACUAGAAGAUCGUCUCUUAUGCAAAGACAAUUCUCCACCGUUAUCUUGGAGAGCACGGUUCAGAAUCGCUGCUGAGAUAGCCACAGGGCUUCUUUUCCUUCACCAGGCCAAACCGGAGCCACUGGUUCAUAGAGAUCUGAAGCCAGCAAACAUUCUGCUGGACAGACAUCUCAACAGCAAAAUCAGUGACGUUGGUUUAGCUCGGUUGGUUCCUCCUGCUGUUGCUGAUAGUUACAGCCAUUAUCACAUGACUGCCGCAGCGGGUACAUUUUGUUACAUUGACCCGGAGUACCAGCAAACGGGAAUGCUUGGAGUGAAGUCUGACUUGUACUCAUUUGGCGUGGUGCUUCUGCAAAUCAUCACAGCGAUGCCAGCAAUGGGUUUAAGCCAUAGAGUAGAGAAAGCAAUUGAGAAAAUGAGACUAAGUGAAGUUUUGGAUCCAAAAGUGUCAGACUGGCCUGAGGAAGAGACUCUGGUGCUAGCUCAACUGGCUUUGCAGUGCUGCGAGCUGCGGAAAAAGGACAGACCUGAUCUUGCUUCCGUUCUGUUGCCCGCACUGAGCAAGCUAAGAGAGUUUGGAACAGAGGAACAUUAA